AUGGCGCUUUUCCUCAUCGUCGUCCUGGCACUUUUUGCCCUCAACGCAGCAGCUUUGUCGGCCAACUAUCCCAUCAAUGCGCAGUUGCCGCCUGUCGCCCGAAUUUCGCAGCCAUUUCGAUUUGUCUUUGACCAAAGCACAUUCGCACAAAGCGACUCGGACACAAAAUAUUCGCUAUCCGACGCACCGUCAUGGCUCUCGGUGGAUAGCAAGAGUCGCACACUAUCAGGCACGCCCAAGUCUGACGACAAGGGCUCCAAGAAAUUCAAGCUCGUGGCGUCGCAGGGAUCAGAAUCCGACAGCAUGGAGGUUACCUUGAUCGUGACGCCCGACGAAGGGCCCACAGUGGGCAAACCAAUUGCUUCGCAACUUCCAUCAUUGGGCCCGGUCUCCUACCCAGCGACACUUUUCAUGCACCCCGGGAGUUCAUUCUCAAUUUCCUUUGAUCAGGAAACCUUCCGCCGUACACAUCCUUCCACGAUCUACUAUGGUACUUCACCGAACAACGCACCGCUGCCGUCGUGGAUCAGUUUUGAUCCUGUGGGGCUCAAAUUCUCCGGCAACAGCCCAUCCUUUCCAGGCUCAGCGUCUCAGUCUUUUACCUUUCAGCUCGUUGCAUCGGAUGUCACUGGCUACAGCGCGGCCAACCAAACUUUUGACCUCGUGAUUGGCCCGCAUAUCAUGGCGUUUAAUGAGACGGUUCAGACGUUCAACCUCACGAGGGGCCAGAAAUUUAGUAGCCCGGAGUUUCACAGUCUCCUGCAAUUGGAUGGCUCGCCAGCUUCGGACAAGGAUGUGAAGAAGGUGGAUGCUGAAUUACCGCACUGGUUAUCCCUGGACAAGGAUUCUAUUUCUCUAAGUGGCACACCCUCUGGGGGCUCUGCGAAUGAGAACAUCACCAUUACCGUGACAGAUACCUACAAUGAUGAGGCAAAACUCAUGGUUCGCCUGAGGUUUUUCGAGCUGUUUCUUGACACAAUCGACGGCUGCAAAGCCGGCAUUGGCCAGGAUUUCAAAUUUGUAUUCAACCAAUCUAUUGUCACGGACGACGCUGUGGAGCUUGAUGUCGAUUUGGACCAGCAACUCUCAUGGCUCACCUACAACUCUGACAAUAAAACUCUCUAUGGACACGUUCCCGCGGACAUGCAGCCGCAAAAAUUCACUCUUUCCCUAACGGCUCACCAAGGACCCAACAAAGAUACCCGAGACUUUGAGCUGGAUGUUGUCAAGGCAUCGGACACGAACUCGGGCUCUUCGGAGCCGUUUUCGAAAUCGGACAAAUCUUCACAUAAAAAGGCGGGGAUCAUCGCCAUUGCCGUGGUGAUUCCUAUUGUGGCAAUCAUAAGCUUGGCGAUCCUCUUCUGCUGCUGGCGCCGCAGAAGAAACGCUUCUACACUUGAAGAGGAGGGUCAAUCGAAUGCGAAGCCGCCGCCGCCGCCGCGACCUGCCCGGCCUGACAUGCCGAACUGCCAGCCAAGUCCUACCAACGACGGGCAUUCUCAUGACGCCUCCGAUGACUGGAUGAGCCCAAUGUCUCCUACCUCGGAUCUUCCCAAGCUUGAACUGGGGCCGGCGUGGAACGUGGCCUCCUUCGAAAAACAAGAACACCCAGUGAUUGCAGCCCCUCAACCUAGCCCGCCGCCUCGCUCUCCCGCCCGCGGCAAGCUCGUUCCCUUCAGAGAUUCGAUUAUCGAAGAGAAGUCUGCCGAUUCUCCCACAAGAAAGCAAAACAAGCGUCUUUCCUUCACCAGCAGCCCGCCUGUGCGCCGUCGAACCACCAAUCGCUCCAGACGCGAGCCCUUGAAAACGAUCCAGCCCAGAGCGAUGAAGCGUGAAUCCAUCCAAUCGUCCCGGUCCAAGAGGUACUCAAAACGCUCGAGUGGAAUUUCGUCUGUCGCCUCCGGGUUACCCGUUCGACUGAGCGGCGCUGGGCAUGGUGCUGGAGGGUUUGGUCCUCCUGGGCACGGAGCUGUGCAGAUGUCCUGGCAAAACACCAAAGCAUCGUUGCUGAGUGACGAGAACAGCCUGACCAAUAUUGCCCCUCUGUUUCCUCGGCCCCCUGCUGCCGCGCGCAUGAGGCAUAGCAUGGCCUCCAGCAUUCCCGAGAACAGUAAGCGGGUGACGUUACGGACAGUAGAGCCCGAUGAAUCGACCAUUUCUGAAGCCGACUCGCUGGAAGCAUUUGUCCACAGCCGGGCAAAGAACCGCAACUCUGCCAACCCGUUGUUCUCUGCCCAGAUCAGCCGGCGCACCUCGUCCGGUCUGCGCGCUCUGGAGCGUGCCCGCAGUCUGCGCAGUCGGGCGGACACCGUGUCUGUGUCGACCUUCACUGACGAGUACCGCCAGUCCAUCCAAGAGCGACCCCACUCCACGGCGCUGUCCGUCUCUGAAUACGGGGAUGAGAACCGCCUCUCCCAGUACCACACCCUGCAGCCCCCACCAAACCUGCUCCCCCUGGCGGAGAGCACCAAGGGCCAGAGCCAGCUGAGUCUGGCACAGGACUACCGGGGUGUCAUCUCACCACUGCCCCGGUUCUGGAGUGAAAACAGCUUGAGCAGUACUCGGCGAUUGGAGUCAGGAACCCAUGCCAAAUCCCAAGCUGCUGACGGCGAAUCAGCCAUCCCCCAGAGUUCAUCCAUGGUCUCCGAUCUUGAGGAGCAUUUGAUGCGUAAGACCAGCCCUCACAAGGCCAAGGUCCAUCGGCAAUCAUGGAGGAUUUCCCUUGAUCCACCACCUCCGGUCAAGAGUGGGAGCAACCGAGGUCUUCCUGUUGCCAGCAGUGGGGAGCUUGCCUUUGUUUGA